CGCGUGCUGUAUUGUUGUAAUGGUUAAAUCAUAAAAGAAUUAUAUGGUGCAUUUCGAUUCGCUAAUGUCAUGCAAAGCACGACACUGUCAACUGUGGCAACUGCUGACCGGCGGAAUGAAUUCAGCACAAGUGACGAUGACCCUUCGCAGGUCAUCCUAAGCCUCGCGUGGUCAUCAAGAAGGUUUGGAGUUGCUUAUUAUGACAGCAGCACAUGCAAAAUGUACCUUAUUCCUGACCAAGAUGAUCUGCCACCAGUGCACUCCCUCUUGUUCUCAGUGCUGCAAGAAGUGAGACCGUCUUGUGUUCUGCUAAGUGCCAAAUCUGAUGAGAAGCUGAUGAAAGCCAUUAAUGAUUUCCUGUUGUCUGAUAAUACCUCAACGGACAGGAGGUCCUAUGACAAGGAGGUUAUUCGUACUCUUCCUUUCAAGGACUUUGCAUACGAACCCAGCAGGCAUAGGCUCCUGUAUAUGACACUACCCGACAUGCCGAGUGGACUCUCUGACGAGGCACGCUAUGUCUUCAUGGCAUCCUUAGUUGAUUUUAAUGCCAUUGCCAUGGUUAGGUCUGCUGGGGCCUUGAUAAACUAUCUUGGUCAAUGCAAACUUGAUUGUCUCCAAAGCUCACAGGACGGCCAUCUGAUUCGAGGCAUUGUGACAUGCAGCUUGAAAGAUCGCAUUCGCAUCAGCCAAACAACACUCAGCUGCCUGCAGAUAUUCAAGGAGGAGUGGCAUCCUUCUGUCUACAAGUUUGGCAUUGCUGGCAAGGAAGGUCUUUCCUUGUUUGGGCUGUUCAACCACUGCAGGUCAAAGGUUGGAGCAAGGGAGCUGAGAAAGCUCUUCUGCCGACCCACAAGAGACCUAAGCAUACUCCAGUCACGGCAGGCUACUGUCGCCUAUUUCACUGUUCCACACAACCAACCCAUUGUCAGCAGCUUGCGAGAGUGCUUGGCGAAUGUCAAGGAUGUGUCGGGGAUUCUCAUGCGAAUGAGCAAAGCAGCUGCCACUGUCAAUGAAUGGAAGGCAUUCUACAAGACUUUUGUAAAUGUUGUUGCCCUCAUCGGCAUUUGCCACUCCUGCCUUUCGUCUGAAAGCAGCAUUGACAUCCUUGUGAAGAUGACAUCUCUACAAGUUGAGGACCUUCUCAGGAUCACUGCCCUCAUCAAGAAAACACUUGACUUUGCAGAGUCGCAGGCCACAGAGCGGUUUGUUGUCAACAGGGGCAUUGACAGCACACUUGACGAGAAGAAGCGUGUCUACAAUGGCCUUCCCGACCUGUUGACUCGCAUUGCUUAUGGAGAGCUGGAGAAAUUGGACCCUGAGAUCACAGAUUGCCAGGUUGUUUACCUGCCACAGAUUGGCUAUCUGCUCACUAUUGCCCAAGGUGCACCAGCAACUCACGAGCCUGGUCUCCAGUUCAUGUUUUCGUGUGACAACAAAAGUUAUUUUAAGACAGGAACAAUGAAGACUCUGGAUGGGCUCUUGGGUGAUACCCUUUAUGAGAUAAUUGAUAGGGAAACAGAGAUCAUGCACAAAGUUCAGAACAUGAUCCUCGAGGUUGCAGAGUCAUUCCUGGAGGCCGUCUCCAUCUGUGGGGAACUCGAUGCACUGCUCUCCCUCGCCCUUGUCGCACGUGAGCACAACUAUGUGCGGCCCACCCUCAAUAGCGAAACUGCCAUUAUCAUCAAUAACGGAAGGCAUCCUCUGGUUGAGAGUGCAGGCAACAGCUUUGUGCCAAACACAUUCUUCAGUGGUGGCCCUCACUCUAAGAUCAAGGUCAUCACCGGUCCCAACAACUGUGGGAAGAGCAUCUACCUCAAGCAGGUUGCUUUGAUAGUUUACAUGGCUCACAUCGGAAGCUUUGUCCCGGCGGAGUCCGCACAGAUUGGCGCUGUGGAUUGCAUUCUCACUUGCAUGUACUUCGAGGAGUCACUGCUGCAUGGGUUGUCAUCCUUUGGGAUGCAACUCAAUCAGAUGUCCCACAUCUUCCAAGAAAGAAGUGGGAAGUCACUUGUCAUUAUGGAUGAAUAUGGCAAGGGGACCAAAGUGGCCAAUGGCAUUGGACUUCUGGUUGGCACGAUCCAAACCUUCAUUAACGACCCGCCCACUUGUCCCCACACCGUGCUGGCCACCCACUUUCACACACUACACAACCACCUCCCAGCCACACCACACAUCAUGUAUCUGACCUUUGAAAGCAUUCGCCAUGAAGGUGAACUGGUGUACUUGUAUCAGCUCAAGGAAGGCCGUGCUAGCAGCAGCUAUGCCAGCUUGGUCGGCCAAGCAGCAGGUCUCUCAAACGACAUUGUUCGACGACAGCAGCAGAUCAUGCAGGCAUUCAGUUCAAAGAGAAAGUUGCUACCCCAGCUGAUGAAUCGGAAGGAGCCCGUGUGGAACAAGGCAUUGCCUUUGCUCCAGAUGCUCUUAGAUGCUGACCUCUCUACUCAAGAAGGAGCUGAAGAGCUCCUCAAAAAUAUGGCCACAGCUCUCAAUUGACUGGGAGUUCAAUGAGACCUGCAUAUCCUUCGGAAGCGUGUAGCCAUGGCCUUUGACAAGAUGCAGAGUAGCAUCAUGUUUGUUAGUGUUGGCAACUGCAUGACGGAUGUUUUUGUGGUUGCAGUAUGCUCGUGAAAAAGGUUUAGAAGGUGUUUUUGAAUAUGACAUGGGGAACUGCUUUACUUUCUCUUUUCUCUUUUAAUGCCUAUCGGACAAUAAUCCUUCAUUGUAUUGGGACAGUAGUGUUCGGGCCAUUUGCAUGUGCUUUAUGACAUAUACAGGUGGUCCUUACCUAUUAUUGCCCCUACAUGAUGUCACUUAGAAGGAAUGCGCACUAUAAAAUCAGUAUGUCUUUCUUAUUUUUUUCUUUCUUUUUUUUCCAGGCCAACAACUCUCAUUCAAUAAAGUCUGCUGCACAGCAAACAGUGCUGGCAUAGUAUGUAAUAUUUUAACUGCUUUGUACAUGAUAAAUGAAGUCUCAAUGAGA